AUGACUUCAACCCUCAAGCGCAAUCCUCCAUUUCGAGCUGAGCAUCUAGGCUCGCUGCUCAGAACCGAUAACCUGCUCGAUACGCGACAUGCAUGGGAAGCUGGCAAGGAUAACAAGGAGAACGUCCGUUCCGUGGAGGACAACGAUGUACAAGAAAUCGUCAAGAUCCAGCAAGACCUUGGAUUCCAUGCUAUCACUGAUGGCGAGUACAGACGCCAUAUGUUCUGGGGCGAAUUCUGGCCUGGCCUUGAGGGUAUGACUGAAGUCGCAGAGCCAGACCCAAGCAUCUUCCGCAUGUACAUUCCGGAUAUUGCAGCUUUCACUGAGGCUGGCUACAAGCCAGGUGAGACAGUAAUCUGCACAGGCAAGAUCAAGCACGUCGGGAGUACUUAUACAGAUCAGUUUGACUAUGUCAAGAAUCUUGUGCCAAAAGAGGACGUUAAGAACAUCAAGCUGACUCUCGCUGCCCCAAACUGGUACCACCUUCGGUACAAGCAGGGGCAGGCCUACCCUUCCGACGUUUACAGUAACGACGACGAGUACUUUGGCGAUAUUGCCAAAGCCUACCAGGCCGAGCUACAGACCUUGUAUGAUCAUGGGCUCAGAAAUGUGCAAUUUGACGACCCAAACCUUGCAUAUUUCUGUUCCGAAGCCAUGCUCGAAGGAUGGAAGAAGGACUCUCAUAACACAUAUUCUGCUGACGAGCUCUUACAGAAAUAUGUCGACCUGUACAAUGCCUGCGUCAGCAAAAUCCCGUCUGACAUGCAUGUUGGUGUGCAUCUGUGCCGUGGUAACUUCGUCAACUCCAGGCACUUCUCUGAAGGUGGAUACGAUCGAAUCGCAACCAAGCUCUUCCAGGAACUCAACAUGAACACUUACUAUCUCGAAUACGAUACUCCCAGGGCUGGCGGAUUCGAACCACUACAGUACCUUCCGAAGAACAAGAACGUCAUUUUAGGCGUGAUCACGAGCAAGUUUCCGAAGAUGGAAGAUCUUGGGGAGAUGGAGUCUCGAGUUCGUGAAGCAGCGAGAUACAUGUCGAAAGGCACAGGUGAAAGCGAGGAGGAAGCCUUGAAACGUGUCGGAGUGAGUCCACAGUGCGGUUUUGCGAGUCAUAGUAGUGGAAAUGCUAUCAAGAGACCCGACAUGGUCGAGAAACUCAAGUUGGUGAGAGCCCUGGCAGACAAAAUAUGGCCUGGUGAGUCAUGA